AUGGCCACGUAUACCGGCAUGGUCUACACUUCGACAUGCACGACGACCGUGAAAAGCGAGUCGCACGAGGAGCCGACGCUGGGGGCCAGUUCGGGGGCACACUUCGACAUUGAUCACGACCGAGCGCGCAAGAGGAGAAGGCAUUCGUCUUAUACGUCGCGAGCAUGGAGCAGGGAGCGGGACAACAUCCAGUUGCGGGUGGAUCGGUUUCUGGCGGACUUGGGGCGGCGGUUGGAAAUGAUGGAGACGUAUGGCCACGUGAAAAUCGACGAAGGCAUGAAACGAGCGCACAACACGCUUCACGCCGUCCACGAGCGUUGCAUACAGGUGUCGGAUGAUAUCAUCGACGCAGGCCGAAGAAGAGCGAACAUCAUGGUGGAAGUGUUGGAGCUGCGCUACCACGAUGCGCUGGCGCGGAAGGAAACACUGGAGGCGAAGGCACAGGAGGGUAUCAAGAUCUUGGAAUCAGUCUGCUCAGAUCUCGAGCGUCGGGCAUACAACAUGCGGGAGACUGGUCUUGCGGCCAAAGCUUCAGUGAUGCUGGACUCUGGCAAGGCAUACAUGGACACGGCAUCGCUCAAGGCCGUCGAGAUGGUUUCCGAAGGCGCCGUAGCUGCCCGGCGGGCCAAAGAACGCAUGCAAUGCAAGGUUGAGCAUGCCAUUGCCCAAGCACGUAAACAUGGCGUGAUCUCCUACGACGCCUUGCCAGAGCCAUGGCGUGUGAACCCGCACAUCACAUCUGGCUACCGCUUCUCGGAGACGAAACUCGAAUGCAUCCGAUCAUGCUUCACCACUCUCAGCAACGAGACCGUCAACAUCUGGACCCACGCGAUAGGCUUGAUCAUCGUGCUCGCAAUAGCCUUCUACGUCUAUCCGAACACGCCAGAAUUCAACCAAGCGACAAACUACGACAUCUUCAUUGCCGCAUGCUUCUUCUUCGCAGCCUGCAAGUGCCUGGUCUGCAGCACCAUGUGGCACGCCAUGAGCUCCAUCUCCGAUCAGACACUCAUGGAGCGCUUUGCCUGCGUCGACUACACUGGCAUCUCGCUUCUCAUCGCCGCGUCCAUCAUGACGACACAUUAUACCGCCUUCUACUGCGAGCCAGUCAGCCGCUGGAUCUACCUCAGCACCACCUUCGCGCUUGGCAUCAUGGGUACAAUCCUACCCUGGCACCCGACCUUCAACCGAGCAGACAUGGCAUGGGCACGCGUGGGCUUCUACGUCUCGCUCGCCACCACAGGAUUUGUGCCCGUCGUUCAGCUUACGAUGCAGCGCGGCUGGGACGAAACAUCCUACUUCUAUGCGCCGAUUGUGCAGUCGAUCCUCGUCUACCUCACCGGAGCACUGUUGUACGCAGCAAAACUGCCGGAACGGUGGAGGCCAGGAUGCUUCGACUACGUCGGCGGAAGCCACAACAUCUGGCACUUGGCGGUGCUGGGCGGGAUCCUCUACCACUACGUGGCCAUGCAGGCCUUUUUCUCUGAAGCGUACAAGCGGGCGAGUGUCGAUUGCAGGGCUCCGGCCUAG